GUACUUCCGGUGGGGUCACUGACUAGCUUUUGCGAGCGGAUUUUGUUUUGGGGUUUUUUCGCCCGCGUUUACCGACUGAUGUUUCACUACGAUGCUAGCCCUUCUGUCCCGUCGCCACAUUUCUAAGGUGAAAUAAAUCCCAGUAACGCAUUUUACAAACACCCGCUCCCUCCGGACGACCACACGACGAGCCUGGACAAGAGAGGCGAAAAGAGGAAGCAAUAGCCGACCAUCUUUCUUCCUCUGCCAGCAAUAACAAGAAAGAGAGCAGGCUCGCUCCCAAGUGCUGCUGUGUAGUUUGCACAUUUCUUGUGUGUUUGCCCCUGGAUAAAGCCCUCGACUCGGACCUGUCCGUGUUCAAACAGAAAAACGCUCCCGGACACCGAGAUCUUCCCCGGCGAGCCUGGAAGUUUCCGAUCAGAAGACUGGCUGCUAAGAAUUAGUAUUCCCGUUUUUUCAUGUUUCCAACAGGUUUAUCUUCCCCUAAUCCCCCACCACCGCCAACCCAGGAGGCUAGACCCGCGGCUACUGAUGUCAAGAACGACAGCGGCAAUAUCACAUCUCCGAAGAAGAGGAAAAUAAACGGCUCCGAGAGGGAAGACACCAGUGACACGAUCUCCUCCUCGCCUCCCAAGACGCUGAAUUCCUCUUCCUCGCCGUCCUCCUCCUGCUCCGCCGCGCCGCUGCACAUCCAGAAGAAGUUGCGGUUCGAGGAUUCGGUGGAUUUCAUUGGACUGGAUGUGAAGAUGGCUGAGGAGGCUGCUGCCGCCGCCGCCGCCGCCGCUUCGUGCUCCAAUAACAAAAGCAAAGCCAUGUUCCUGCCCGGUGGCGUGGGGCACCAUGCGAACGGACUGACGAAGACCGCAGCCUCCGGCACCUUCUCCAACAGCAAACCCGGAGCCGCCAAGAAACUAGUCAUCAAGAACUUCAGAGAAAAGCCAAAGUUGCCCGAAAACUACACACAGGAGACGUGGCAGAAGCUGAAGGAGGCGGUGGAGGCCAUACAGAACAGCACUUCAAUCAAGUACAAUCUAGAAGAGCUCUAUCAGGCUGUGGAAAACCUCUGUUCCCAUAAGAUAUCUGCCAAGCUUUACAAACAGCUGAGGGCCGUUUGUGAAGACCACAUCAAGGCACAGAUCGAUCAGUUCAGAGAGGAUGCCCUGGACAGUGUGCUUUUCCUGAAGAAAAUUGACAAGUGCUGGCAAGAUCACUGCAGACAAAUGAUAAUGAUUAGGAGUAUAUUUUUAUUUUUGGAUCGCACCUAUGUUUUACAAAAUUCAAUGCUGCCAUCAAUCUGGGAUAUGGGUCUGGAGCUGUUCAGGUUCUACAUCAUUAGUGAUUUGAAAGUCCAAAGUAAAACCAUCGACGGGAUCCUGCUGCUGAUCGAGAGGGAGCGAAACGGGGAAGCGAUAGAUCGCAGUCUGCUGAGGAGCCUGCUGAGUAUGCUCUCCGACCUACAGAUUUAUCAGGACUCCUUUGAGCAGCGCUUUCUGGAGGAAACUAAUCGGCUGUAUGCCGCAGAGGGACAGAGGCUGAUGCAGGAGAGAGAGGUACCAGAAUACCUCCAUCACGUCAACAAGCGUCUGGAGGAGGAGGCAGACAGAGUAAUCACAUACUUAGACCAGAGCACACAAAAACCUCUCAUUGCUACAGUGGAGAAGCAGCUGCUGGGUGAACAUCUCACCGCCACGCUGCAGAAAGGGCUGACUCACCUGCUGGACGAGAACCGAAUACAGGACCUGUCUCUUCUCUACCAGCUCUUCAGUCGAGUGCGCGGCGGCGUUCAGGUCCUCCUGCAGCACUGGAUAGAGUACAUUAAGGCGUUUGGGAGCACGAUCGUAAUCAAUCCAGAAAAAGACAAAACGAUGGUGCAGGAGUUGCUGGACUUCAAAGAUAAGGUGGAUCACAUAAUUGACGUGUGCUUCAUGAAAAACGAGAAAUUUGUGAAUGCCAUGAAAGAAGCCUUCGAAACAUUCAUCAACAAACGGCCAAAUAAACCCGCAGAGCUCAUCGCAAAACAUGUGGAUUCAAAACUGAGGGCAGGAAAUAAAGAAGCAACAGAUGAAGAACUGGAGAAGAUGCUGGAUAAGAUCAUGAUUAUCUUUAGAUUCAUCUAUGGUAAAGACGUCUUCGAGGCCUUUUAUAAAAAGGAUCUGGCUAAAAGGUUGCUGGUGGGAAAGAGCGCCUCUGUGGACGCCGAAAAAUCAAUGUUGUCAAAGCUGAAACACGAAUGUGGUGCGGCGUUCACCAGCAAGCUGGAGGGGAUGUUUAAGGACAUGGAGCUUUCUAAAGACAUCAUGGUGCAAUUUAAACAGUAUAUGCAGUGCCAAAACAUCCCUGGAAACAUCGAGCUGACGGUGAACAUCCUGACGAUGGGCUACUGGCCAACCUAUGUGCCCAUGGAGGUGCACUUGCCCCCCGAGAUGGUGCGGCUGCAAGAGAUCUUCAAGACGUUUUACCUGGGCAAACACAGCGGCAGGAAACUGCAGUGGCAAUCAACACUAGGACACUGUGUAUUAAAAGCUGAGUUUAAAGAGGGCAAGAAGGAGCUGCAGGUGUCGCUCUUCCAAACGCUUGUGCUGCUGAUGUUCAACGAAGGAGAGGAGUUCACCCUGGAGGAAAUCAAGCUGGCGACGGGAAUAGAGGACAGCGAGCUGCGGCGGACGCUGCAGUCGCUCGCCUGCGGAAAAGCACGGGUCCUCACCAAGAUCCCCAAAAGCAAAGACGUGGAGGACGGGGACAAGUUCUCCUGCAACGAUGACUUCAAACACAAGCUGUUCAGGAUCAAAAUCAACCAGAUCCAGAUGAAAGAGACGGUGGAGGAGCAGGCCAGCACCACAGAACGAGUCUUUCAGGAUCGCCAGUACCAGAUCGACGCUGCCAUUGUGCGGAUCAUGAAGAUGAGGAAGACGCUGAGCCAUAAUCUGCUCAUGUCCGAGGUGUACAACCAGCUCAAGUUCCCCGUCAAGCCUGCUGACUUGAAGAAGAGGAUAGAGUCUCUGAUCGACAGGGACUACAUGGAGCGCGACAAGGAGAACUCCAACCAGUACAACUACGUGGCCUAGAGGAAGGAAUGGCGCCGCAGACGGUCCCGUCAGGAUGAAAGCUGUUCUGAGCGAUCGGUCUCUAAAUAUAUUUGCUCCAGUGGAUGUUCACCAUUAUCAUCUUCAACCCAGCGACCGACAAGCGAAUGGCGACUGCUCCACAGGGUUUUUGUCAGAGGGGGGGGAGGGGGGAGUCUUGUGAUCCUGUGGACUGCAUGCCCAUUGAAAAGAGAAUAUUGUCCUCAUUUCUCAGUGCUUCUGAGAGAGCUCGGACAAAGCAGACACACAGAUCUCCUUCAGUUCGCUCCUUUUUUUUUUUUUUUUUUUUUUUUUUUCAUUAAUGGCGGGGGAAAAAUAUUUAUUUUCAAACUUCGAUUCUUCUUUGUCCAUAGUUUGAACCAACAUGCUCUUUGCUACCUGGUCACUUUUCCUUUACCCUUUUCUUCUUCUGUUCAUCCCACUAACGCUGAUCUAAAUGUACCACAUGUUGGACAGAAAACCGAACGAAAAAAAAAAAAAAAAAAAAGAAAAUGAAAGUGAUGCUCGUUUCUUCAGGUUGAAGAUCAUCUUUGUCAGAACACGCAAAAUGUAAACAGCAGUUUGUGCCAAAAACGGAGCACUUCAUUCUCUCUGAGGUGUAUUCAAGCUGCUAGGACAGUUCCCUUGUACAAGUGUACACGUCUAAGUUUACCAAUUCUUUGUUUUCUUUGUACAUUUCUGAACGUGCGUCAUGGAGCCCAUCCCACAGCCAGCUCGCCUCUUCGCUUUUUGUUGAUCCUUGUUUGUUAAAAGCACAACACACCGAGUCCAUUUCUGAUGGAGUGUUAGGGCCACAUUAGGAAAUGAGAAUUCAAGAGAAUAUUUUUAAUAAUAACUCACAAUUUGGAAAAAAAAAAAAGUUUUUUUUGUUUGUUUUUUUUAAUUGAAGUGAAAGAAAAAUCAAAAAUUUUGUUGCCAUUUUAAGCAAACACUCAGAAUGAAGUUGAACUAUUUUGAGAAGUCUAUUCUCAACUUUUGAACUUUAUUCUUGGUUGUAUUUUAUUUUCAAAAUGUUAAAAAAAUAUUUUUUUCUUAUCUUCCCCGGCAUUUUGUGUUUUUUUUUUUUUUUUUUUUUUGUCUCUCUCUGAAAUGUAACUUUCAGCGCCGUAAUUUCCACUAUCGUUCAACACAGUCGGUUUUUUCCUACUGAGUUCAUUGUGGCUCUAUUUGCUCCGUCUGCACAAGUCUGUCAGGCUCACUGCUUCAGUCGGGCCUUUCGUUUCACAUCACUGUCCUCCAACACCUCAUUGUAUUUGUAUGAAAAGAAAAUUAAACAGAGGAAU